AUGGGCUUACCUAUGUUCAGAGAGCCUGGCGAAAGCAGCCCUCAAAAGGUAGCUGAAAAAGCUGAGCGCGCCGCGGCCUCUUCACGAUCUGCUAUUAGAAGAGAGCGCACGAUCAGAGACACUGGAAGGUUACACCGUUUUAGUGAGAGAAAUGAAAAUGAAGUCCCUAAUGGCGCCGCCACUGUGUUAUCUUCCGGUACGAGGCCGAGAAAUCGCGUUCGUAUGCGACAAGAUCGUGGGACAGAGCAACAAAUACAGUCUCGGGCGAUGAGAAGAUGGGGUCCCAUUCUUGAUGCCGCACGUCGUGGUGAUGAAGGAGGUGUCCAUGACGCAAUACGUAGGUCAGUCGAUGAGGAGCUCCGAGGUGAUGGCUUACAACAUCAACGUUCUGGCCGGGGAACAAGAGUCCCACGUUCACCUCGCACAUCUUACACAUCAGCUCUUCGCUUUGAAGUGGCACCUACAUCACGCUCUUUGGCUUCGCCUGAGAGAUCUGUAGAGGAGCAAGCCCUUCUGGCAAGACCUUACAUGCCCAGCCCACCAUACUCUUUUAGCGACAACAGUGCUGUAGGACUUCGUCUUAGAGCCACAGAAGGGACUACCGGCUUCAUUCCAGCAGAUCCUACUCCUGGCUUUGCCCCAGCUCGAGGGGUGCAUCGUGAUAACGAGGAGCAUGAACCAGCGACUAGUGGUAGUGCUCCACGACACCAUACCCCACCAGGCGAGUCAUCCUGGACUGCCUCAUACCCACCUCUCCGACGCGUCAGCCAUUUGUCACCACGACUUGAAUCAGAUCGGUUCAGUUUAUCCGGUUCUGGCGGUCUCGGAGAUCGGCGUCGCAGUGUCAGCUCUUCGUCAUCAGAUCCCGGGCAAGACACUUGGGAGACCCUUCUUACCACGAUGGAACCUGACGCCCAACUUCCCAGCACCGAUAGCUCUUUCACCUCAGCCACCGCAAGCCAAUCAACUCGCCAAUCUCGACAAGCCUCACAAUCGCGCAACACAAGCUUUGUAUCAGCUACCACACCGACUGAGCGUGCCGUCUCCAGAACGACUAGCCCCAGUUGGCCUUACAGAGCGUCUUAUGGUAACAUGGACUUGGAUAUCCGCAGCACCCAAUAUGAUUGCCUGUCUAUGGAGAGCCGAGGCAGCAUGCGCACUAUGCUUGACAUCAUUGCAGAUGCACGACAAGCUCGCGCCGGCAAUCCUGCCGGAGAGCUUGUCCAAUUUCAUGGCCCACGAUCCGACGAAAAUCCUAUGCUGACCGUGCGCCAUGAGCAAGCUGAACGUAAUCGGGAGCCUGAAGAGCGUGACAUCGUCCUUGACGAAAACCGCAUUCUUGCCCACCACUUCACUACGCUGAGGACAAUGGAUGAACUCCGCGCUUCAAACAAUGCUCGAGCUCGUGGCAUGGCCCGUACUGAAAUUCCUAGCUGGCAGCGACAACACGAAGCAAACAGUACCUCCAAUAAUAACAAUAACAAUGUCAACAUCAACAGACGACCACGCAAUGCACACGACUUGCUAAGGGCCAUUGAACACCAAACCCAGCAGAUCGCGCAAGACUUGCAAGAGACCGAGACAGGCCCCGCCAGCCGACCAGACACCCCCAGCCGCGGAUUCGCCCAAGCCGCAGAAGAUUUCCACCGACUUGGAUCCUUUGGCCCCCAGACACAGACGGGGACGCGAGACACCACAGCAGAGCCGGAGAACGAUUUGGAGAGCAUGCAUAGACUCAUUCAGCGCAUAGCAAGGCGAGAGGAUAUUCCGAGUGAGUGGUGGGCGUCAGCGGGGCUUGCGAGGACGAUUCGAGAGAACCAGUGA